UCGCCACCAUGGAGGAGCAGAACGAGAACCACCCACAGGCCGCCAGGGAUGAGCCGGCGGCUGCCCCCGCAGCCUGCCCGCCGGGUAGGCAGCAUUGUAGGAUCAGUGAUCAAGAAACUAAUGGCAAAACCUCAGCUGCCAGUUCAAACGACUUCAGUGAUCCGAUUUACAAAGAAAUUGCUGUAACCAAUGGUUAUAUCAACAGAAUGACCAGAGAAGAGCUCAGAAGUAAACUCGCAGAGUUCAAGCUUGAAACCAGAGGAGUGAAAGAUGUACUGAAAAAGAGAUUGAAAAACUAUUACAAGAAACAGAAGCUGAUGCAGAAGGAAUACAUUAAUGGAGACAGCUGCUAUGACUACAUAUGUGUUGUUGACUUUGAAGCAACAUGUGAAGAAGGAAACCCACCUGAAUUUGUACAUGAAAUAAUUGAAUUUCCUGUUGUCUUAGUAAAUACACGUACCCUGGAAAUAGAGGACACCUUUCAGCAAUAUGUGAAGCCAGAGAUUAAUCCCAAACUUUCAGACUUCUGCAUCAGUCUGACAGGAAUAACCCAGGACAUUGUUGAUAAAGCUGAUAUUUUUCCUCAAGUUCUGCAGAAUGUCAUAGAGUGGAUGAGACAACGAGAACUGGGAACAAAGUAUAGCUAUUCUAUGUUGACCGAUGGAUCUUGGGAUAUGAGUAAAUUUUUGAACAUCCAGUGCCGUAUUAGCCGUAUCAAAUACCCUUCUUUUGCCAAAAAGUGGAUCAAUAUUCGCAAAUCAUAUGGGAACUUCUACAAGGUUCCUAGGAACCAGACCAAGCUGACAAUCAUGCUUGAAAAUCUGGGCAUGAAUUAUGAUGGGAGACCUCACAGUGGACUUGAUGACUCUAAAAACAUAGCAAGGAUAGCUAUAAGGAUGCUGCAGGAUGGCUGUGAACUGAGGGUGAAUGAGAGAAUUCACGGUGGACAGCUGAUGACAGUCUCCUCCUCAGUCCCCUUAGAGGGAGCUCCUGCUCCACAGAUGCCCCGCUACAGAAACUAGCAGUUCAGGGUUCUGUCUCGGGAGCUGCCGUCAUAUACCCGUUAAAGACUCCAGAUCUUAUUAAAUGGCCACUUCUGCCAGCAUGUCUGCCAUGCAGAAUCCUAAAGCACCUUAACUAAUCAUCUCUGUUGAAAUAAAGAGGAGCAUGGAAGCUGUUUGUUCUUUGAAGCAUCGUACAGCAAUUUCUUUUUGUACUGAUGACUUCUGUUUUUGUUUCCAACUUUGCUAGCAGUGAGGAUGACAUCGAAUCCAGACAAAGUGUUAAGCUUUUAAGAAUGUGUAAUUUGAACACCUGCUAAGAGAGAUUGGGCCUGUGUGCUGCUGUUCUGCCCCAGCCUGUGGGCAAUAUUUGUUCAUUGUGAUGUACUCCAAUGAUAUCUAGCAUCUGCUUAUUCAAUGCACACAAAUAAGCCAUUCCUGGAAGAACUGAAAGAGCAGUGGUUGUGCUGGCCCUUCCUGAUAAGGAGCUCUGCUAAGGGUUCCUUCCAAUUUUUUGAUUUUUUACAAAGUCUAGGAGAAAUGGGUGUGCAUUCAUCAGUUCUAAAGCAGUAGAGGAGUACUCUGUUAUUUUGGCUUCUUUAAUAAAUAUGUUUGUCUCCUUCCCCAUCAAAUGUAAGAGCUGGAUGUUGAAUAAAAAUUUCAUUAAUGUAGUAUGAUGGUAUUUUUCUAACCUGUGUUUCAAAAGAGAAGGUUCUUCAGAUUUUCACUUUAAGGAUCUCAUCUCCUAUUCCUGCAUACCUGCCCUUCAUUUAAUGUUUUUAUACACUAUCAGCCAUUUGGUCUUUAAAAUGAGUGAAAUAAAAGUAAGUUCAAAACAUGCCAGGUUGUCAAAAUUUCAUGCGCUGUGAUUAUUAUAUAAAACAAAACAGGAAGCUUCUCAGUCAUGGCUAAAGACAUACUCAGCUAUUUUUGGUAUCUUCUUGUGCCUCUGACACCAUGAAGCUAUGCCUUUAUUAGAAAAUCUAACAUUGGAAUAUCAAUGUAAUUUUAUUAUUAAAGGCCACAGCUAAUUACUAGCAGCUUCUGCUUUCUCCCCAGGCCUCAGAUAAGAUGAUAUUCAAAAGAGGCCAAAGUAUUAAUUUGCUUUGUCUCCAUGGGCUAUUGUAAAGUGCAUCAUUAAUGUGAUCAACUUUGCGUUAGAAGGGCUUAUUCUGAAAAGUGGAAUAAUACAUUUUAGUUGCUCUUAAUUAAAA